CAAUUUAAUUUUAAGCGCAGAUUUUUUGAUUUUGAUUUAAAACAAGCACGACGCGCAAACCCACCGAACGAGUUUUGGAAUCACUUUGUUUGAGCAUAACAAAAAUGGCGCAGAAGAAGAAAGCUAGGGUUUCCGACGACGAAGAAAUGGAAGUGCAGCACGAUCAAACCAGCCUCUACCAGGUUCUUGGUGUGGAGAGAACGGCGUCUCAGCACGAGAUAAAGAAGGCGUACCACAAGUUGGCGUUGCGGCUUCAUCCUGAUAAGAACCCUGGUGAUGAGGGAGCUAAAGAGAAAUUUCAGCAGCUGCAAAAAGUGAUAUCGAUUCUCGGGGAUGAAGAGAAGCGGGCGCUGUAUGAUCAGACUGGUUGUGUUGACGAUGCUGACCUUGCUGGAGAUGUUGUUCAGAAUCUUCAAGAGUUCUUCAGAACAAUGUACAAGAAGGUCAGUGAAGCUGAUAUUGAGGAGUUUGAAGCGAACUACAGGGGUUCUGACUCAGAAAAUGAUUUGAUUGAUUUGUACAAGAAGUGCAAGGGUAAUAUGAAUAGGCUUUUUUGUUCAAUGCUUUGUUCAGAUCCUAAACUUGAUUCACACCGAUUCAAAGAUAUUCUUGAUGAGGCUAUAGCUUCUGGAGAACUGAAGGCAAACAAAGCCUAUCAGAAAUGGGCUAAGGAUGUAUCUGAAACCAAACCGCCCACAAGUCCUUUGAGGAGGAGGGAAAAGUCAAAAAAGAAGUCAGAAACUGAUCUGGGUGCAAUCAUAGCACAACGCCAAAAUGCGAGGAAAGGCCAGUUUGAUUCAUUGUUCUCAUCUCUAGUAUCAAAAUAUGGUGGAGGUGAUACGUCAGAACCCUCUGAAGAGGAGUUCGAAGCUGCAAGGAGAAAGCUGGAGACUGGCAGAUCCUCUAAAAAGUCGAAGCAAUCAAAGCGGAAAUAAAAAUCAUAUAAUUAAAUGUAUAGUUAAUUUGUUUGUGACAUGACGUCUGGUCCUGUCUCUUAGUUAUCAAAUGUUGGUGUAUUUAAAAGAACUACUUGGGUGUUUUCAAAUUGUAAUUUGACGUGACUGGUUAUGUUGCAAAAUGAGAUGAAACCAUUUCA